AUGAGCGAACUGAACUCCAGUUUAUUACAAAAUGCAUCAUUUGUGCGUCCCGAGUACUUUUUCAUCAGUGGAUUUUCCGGGUUACCUUUCAGCCAGUACUACUUUGUUUUCCUAAUUUUUGUCUAUAUUAUCUCUCUGUGUGGAAACUUAUUUGUCAUUUUUGUGAUAUUAGUGAACAAAAAUCUGCAUAUUCCUAAAUACAUUGGAAUCUUUAAUUUAGCUCUGUCAGACUUUGGUGAAACAAACACACUGAUUCCCUACCUCGUGAAGACAUUUCUUUUUGAUUCACAGUACAUAUCCUAUAAUGCAUGUUUGGCUAACAUGUUUUUUACAUUUUUCUUUUAUGGUGGAGAGGCUUUAACUCUUGUUGUCCUGGCAUGCGACCGUUUCAUUGCCAUUUGCUUACCCCUGAGAUACCAUGCAAUUGUAAAUAACUCGUCUAUGUUUGCAACUUUAACAGCAAUAUGGUUAUUUAAUUUUGUCAUACAUUUCACAAUGGUAUUUUUGAUUACUCGACUUUCAUUCUGUAAAACCAAUCAGGUCAAAAGCUUUUUUUGUGACCAUGGGCCAAUUUAUACAAUUGCUUGUAAUGACAACAGCAUAAAUUCCUUCAUAGCAAAAUUGUGUACAACAAUAUACCUCUAUGCACCUUUGACUGCUAUAGUCUUAUCAUACAUAGGCAUUCUGUUGGCCUUAACCAAGAUUGUAACAUGGAAGGGUCGUCUCCAAGCCCUCAAAACAUGUGGCUCUCAUCUGCUAGUAGUAGGAAUAUUCUUUCUUCCAAUUUUGAGUACAUACCUUGCUGUUCUAACAUCCACUAUCCAUCCUAAUGCAAGAAUAAUUAAUACUUCACUAUCAUUUACAAUUCCACCCAUGUUAAACCCAAUCAUUUAUGUCUUCAACACAAAGGACUUUAGAAAAUUCAUAGUGAAAAUUUUUAAAAAGAAUACUUCAGUUUCUCAGGUGCAGGCUAUAACAAAGUAA